CGCUGAAGCACAUAGACCACGAUGGCCUCCACCUUGUCCGUGCGUAGCGUCUCAGCACGUCAACCCUCCUUCUCCAGCGUCACCCUGAGGGACAGCGGGCGAAGCCUCCGUUCCAAGGCCGCCAACAACAUGCUCUCCAUGUCCCGCUCGGUCUCCAUGGGAAACGGCCUCAACAUGGUGGGCUCCGGCUUUUCCCUCAAUGGUCUCGGGACCAGCGAGAAGGAGACCAUGCAGGGCCUGAACGACAGGCUGGCCAACUACCUGGACAAAGUACGGUCACUGGAGAGGUCCAACACCGAGCUGGAGGUGAAGAUCAAGCAGCUCAUGAUGGACAAAACUCCCAAAGGGCACGACAUUGAGGGGAUGAUGGCACAGGCACACGCCAUCGGGCAGGAGGUGAGAAAGAGGACACUGGAGAACGCCCGGAUCAUGCUGGAGAUUGAUAAUGCCAAGCUGGCAGCCGACGAUUUCAGGGUCAAAUGGGAGGCAGAGGCCUCGUUGUGCCAGUCGGUGGAGAGGGACUGUCACGCUCUAAGGAGAGCAAAGUCAGACCAUGACCAGAUCAUCGCCACCCUGAGAGGAGACCUGGACAGCCUGAAGGAGGAGCUCUACUUCCUCAAGAAGAACCACGACGAGGAGAUGAGCGCCCUGAAGGCACGUCUGGCCAAUGAGCAGAUUAGCGUGGAGGUAGAUGCUGCUCAAGGGCCCGACCUGGGGGCCAUCAUGGCCGAGCUGAGAGUCCAGUAUGAGGGCAUCGCCCGCAAGAACAAGGAGGAUGCGGAAGCCUGGUACCAGAAGAAGUUAGAGGCCGUUCAGUCUGAGGUCAAAGAAAGCAACGAGGCGCUCCGCUGUGCCCAGGGAGAGCUCAGCGAGAGGAGGCGCUUCCUGCAGGCUCUGGAGGUCGAACUGGACAAUCUACGGAAACAGGUCAGCGUGCUGGAGGGAAACCUGGGAGAGACCGGGCAGAAGUACAGCGUGGAGAUGGACCGCCUUCAGGCCACCCUGACGCAGCUGGAGGAUGAGCUGUCUCAGCUGCGUCUGGACAUGCAGCGCAACAAAACUGACUACGAGCAGCUGCUGCGCAUCAAGCAAAACCUGGAGAUGGAGAUCGCCACCUACAGGCGGCUGCUGGAAGGAGAGGAAAUGGUAAAGGAACCAACUCCACCACCUAAAAAAGACCCCGAGGUGCGGACCAGGAAGAUCGUAAAAGUCGUCACGCAGACGAUGAUCAACGGCAAGGUGGUCAACGAGUGCAGUGAGGUGGAGCAGAUCGAGGACAGCAAGAAAUGAGGCAGAAAAAAAAAGCACCGCCCUGUGUUUUGUAAACCAGAGUACCUGCCGAUUGCGCAACAGUUCCAGUUGUUAGCGGAUGCUUUUCUGAAAACUCUGGAAAGGGAACCGGAUAUUAAAAGCUAGGCUGAAGGUUUU